AUGUCUCGGUGUUUCCCGUUCCCGCCGCCUGGCUAUGUAUUGAACGGAAGCCGCGAUGAGGCUCUGAUCGAUUCGAUCAAGAAGGCAGAGGAGAAAGCUAAGAAAGAACAGAGGAAGGAAAGAAAAAGAGAAAAGAAGGAUAAGAAGGAGAAGAGUGAUAACAAGGAGAAGAAGGAUAAGAAGAGGAAGGAGAAGGAAAGAGGGGAAGGUGAAAGUGAAAAACACUCUCAUAAGAGAAGGCGCAAAGAAGAAGUUGCUAAAGAUGGCAAGAACAAUGUUUUUCACAAACUAAAAGAAAGUGACAAUGGCUGUUUGGAGAAGAGCAGUCUUACUGUAGAACGUGAAUUGCUUCACUCGACGUCUCCGAACUCUUGUGAUAGCACUCUUAACAGCAAUGAGCUUCUACCUAAGCAACAGAAGGAGAAGAAGCAGCAGCCACAUAACAACAACAACGACUCUGUAAGCAUCAUCCGGAUUCGGUUGCCUAUCCGAAGGCAGAAUGAUCCUGAGGUGACUAAAAAGGAUCAACAAAAACCUUGUCCCUCCCGGGAGAUAAAGAUAGAAACCUUGAAGAGUGUUACUAGAGAGCAGCCUCAACAACCUCCUUGUUCCACUUCAGCACCAGAACACGCUUUAAAGCCGCAACAACAUCCUUGUUCUACUUCUGCACCAGGACAUGUUUCAAAGCCACCAGAAGAGAAAAGAAAAGACCACAUUUUCACAAGGAAUCUCGCUAAAGAGAAGAAACUGUCGUCCACUACUCAAGAAUCUUCUAACCCUUCAAGCGGCUUAUGUAGGUAUUGCCCUCCAUCAUUGGCGGUGCAAUUCUUGAAUGUAGUUGAGAAUUGGGUCCCUAACAAAAUAGAGCUCACUAACUCUGAAGAUGAUGAAUGUUGGUGGUUCAUGAAGAAGCCAAGUAGCCACAAGUUUGACACAGAAAGAUGCAGACAACUUAACAGAAAUAAUGAGACGAAGCAAGUCAUAAGCAGUUCAAUGGCGUGGCCAUGUGCUCGCCUUUUACCAGAAGCUGAUGUCCACGCCUUACCCUACACCGUCCCUUUCUGA